UGGGGGGUGUGAGGGGGGUGUUGAAGGACUACAACUCCCAGCGCGCCCCGCGGCGGGACUACGCGUCCCGGCGUGCACCGCGGCGCCGCCACUUCCGGGAGCGAGAGGCCGCGGGACGCUGAGCCCCCGCCGCCAUGCGGGUGUCGGCCCUGCUGGGCCUGGCGGCCCGGCCCAAGCUGCCCUCCGGGUACCGGCACGGGACGUGGCGGCCCGGCACCGCCCCCGAGCAGCGCAGAAACCCCCCCGGGCAGCGCCGCAACAAGGUGUUGGUGGAGCCCGUCGGCAGGGACGAGUGGAAGGUGUUCCGCGGGGACACGGUGCAGGUGCUGGCCGGGAAGGACGCGGGGAAGCAGGCGCUGGUCACCCAGGUGGUGCGAGCCCGCAACUGGGUCGUCGUGGAAGGGCUGAACACGCACUACCGCUACAUCAACAGGUUGGCCAAAUUCAGCGGCACCUACAUCGCCAGCGAGGCCCCGCUGCUGCUCAGCCAGGUCGCCCUGGUGGAUCCUGAGGACCGGAAGCCGACGGAGGUGCAGUGGCGCUACACGGAGGAGGGCGAGCGGGUGCGCGUCUCGCUGCGCACCGGCCGCAUCAUCCCCCUGCCGCUGCGGCAGCGCCGCGACGGGGUCGUCCGCGAGCAGUGGAUCGACGGCCCCAAGGACACCUCGGUGGAGGACGUGCUGGACAAGACGUACCUGCCCUCGCUGAGGAGCUUCGAGGAGGAGAUCAUGGACGCCGCGGGCAUCGCGGAGCCGCGCCGGGCCAGGAAAUCCUACUGGUACUGAGCGGGGAACCAGGGCACCCCCGCCCCGGGGGCAGCAGCUCAAAAUAAAGGAUUUUAUUUAUUUAU